AUGCCGUGUAAGGAGGAGUCGGCACAGAACGCUCAAGGCAAAGGAUGGCACUGGGAGGAGCCUGGCGACAAAGCAGCGGGGUCAGUGCUGCCGCAAGGUGACCUAAGGCGAGGGGUGGGAAUUGGGGGCGACCAGCGCCGGGAAGACGGGGUCUUGAGGGGCGAGCGGGCGGCGGACGGCACCGUGCUCAGCCGUGUCCCUGGAAGGCGGCAGCACCUCCCCGCCGUUCCAGGCCGAGUACGCACGCACGCACGCCGCACGCCGCACGCACGCACUUCGACGCGCCGCCUGGGCAGCGGGGUGGGCGUGGCCGCAGUUGGCCACGUGAUCUGGGCUGCCUACCGGAAGGGCCCUGCCUGCGUCUGUGGCCGCGCCUGCCUCCCGCGUGCCCCGAGGUCACCCGUGCCCCCUCAGGCCCGAGCCUUCAGCACAGCUGAAGAUGCUGAGGAGGCCAAACAGAAGAAGACCAAGCCAGAACCAGCCUUCUCGAACAUCGGGAGGAAAAUCAGCGAUCGGAUCCUCCGAGUCCUUGAUGAGGCGGGCAAUGACUUGGGGCACAUGCACCGGGCCGACGUGAUCAGGCUCAUGGACCAGCGGGGGCUGCUGUUGGUGAGGAGGAACGCCAGCACCGAGCCGCCCGAGUACCAGCUCAUGACCGGCCAGCAGAUCCAUGAGGAGCGGCUGCGGCUCCGAGAGAGGAACAAGGCCCAGCCCAAGGCAGGACCGACUCUGACCAAGGAAUUAACUUUUUCUUCAAAUAUUGGGCAACAUGAUUUGGACACAAAGAGUAAGCAGAUUCAGCAGUGGAUUGAGAAACAGUAUCAAGUUCAAAUCACUGUCAAGAAGGGGAAGCAAGCAGAUGAGCCGACUGACAGAUCGGAGGCCAUCUUUAACCACAUUCUCCAGACCAUGCCCGGGGAGGCCACCUUCUCCUCCAAGCCCCAGGCUGUGCGAGGAGGCAAGGCCACCAUGUGUGUGCUUCGCCCCCUGACCCCAAAGGAGAAGGCGGCGCAUCAGGAGAGCCAGGGGGCCCUGAGGAGCAUCCUGAACAAAGAACAGGGCGAGGACAGCCAGCCAGGUGUUCUGCACCAGUGACUUUAAUAAAGACAGAUGUGCUUCUGAGAAAUCCCUGGUCUGCCCUCUGCUCAGGCCAGGAGAACUUUAACCAAGGGCCAGGACCGCCACCGUCGAGAGCACUUGUCCUUCCACCUGGCUCCGCAGCCCCGACUCCUCACUGCUGGACAUGGACGAGCCCCCCUCCUGUUUCUUUCUGGGAGGGAUGUAGCCGCUGAGGCGAGAGGCCAAGCUCCGUUUCCUAGAGGGUCUUACCUGUGGGAGCAAGGGAACCGCAGACGGCUCACAGUUAGGGUCCUCUGAACCGGAGUGAUAGCACGUGCAUGCCCUGAUGCCCUGACAGCAGAACUAUGCAACCAGAAAGCACAGUCCACCAGCCCGUCUGAGGUAUACAUUGUGAGCGUGGGGCCUGGACAUGCACAGACCCCCAUCUGGCUGGCUGUUUGGGGGCUGCCAGGGGGAGGGAGGACGAGAAGAAUAAAUGGUUUGCCAAGCGGCUUCCACUUA